AAAUCUGGAUGCUGUUUGCAGCCUUAUACGUGCAAGCGUGGCAAUUUUCUGUGAUAGAAUCUGCGUAAUCUCCACACGCUGUAUACUUGUUUACGGUUUUCUGAGUCGCAUCUUUGUCAAAUUCAAUGUAAAAAUUACUUAUAUAAUCAGUAAUCGUUUCCUUUCUUCUACAACGGAGAACUGAUCACAACUCACUGUUAUACAGUGUUUACGGUUUUCUUUGACACUUAUUUUGUCGACCAUCUAUGCCUUCUCUGUGACACAAUUCGUACAUAAUUCCUCCCAUCCGAAAUUUAAUUACCCCGUGAUUGGACGCUGAAAAUGGAGAGCGAGAUCUUCUGUACCGGACCGCUGCUGCACACCGUGCAGAUGAGCGGUAUCUUCACCGAUUCCAAGACGUACGUGGAUCGUCCGUUGCUCUCCGAUCCCGCGGUGGUGUUGGAGGAGUUCGCUAAGCUGGGCGUGUGGCCCAACAUCAACCAGAUCGACAUCCGCAACUUUGUCGACACGUACUUUGCGGCGGCGGGCGCCGAUCUGGACCAGGUGGUCCCUGGAGAUUUCGCCACCCCCGACGAGGGGGGCUUCCCCUUUGCCAGCUGGAUUGUCGAUCCGGUGCUGCGGGUGUUCGCGCAUCGGGUGCAUAAUAAGUGGAAGGAGCUCGGCCGCAUGGUGAAUAAAGAUGUGAUCCUGCAUCCCGAUCGCCACACCCUCAUCGCCCUGCCCUUCCCCUUCAUCGUGCCGGGAGGGCGGUUCCGGGAGCUGUACUAUUGGGACUCCUUCUGGAUCAUCCAGGGCCUGAUGGUGUCGGGAAUGAAGGAGACGGCCAAGGGGAUGAUCCUCAACUUCGCCCAUCUUAUUGACAAAAUUGGCCUAAUCCCCAACGGAAGUCGGACGUAUUACUCGUACCGUUCGGAGCCGCCGCUCUUCGCCCUGAUGGUGGACCACUACAUCAACCACAAGACGGUCACCGAGGAGGAGCGCGAUGAGUUCAUCCGGCAGGUGUUGCCGGCGGUGGAUAAGGAGCACACCUUCUGGAUGACCGCCCGCUCCGUCAUGGUGUCCUGGUACGGGAAGACCUACACGCUGAACCGCUACACCGGCGGAGGAUUGACUCUGCCGCGACCGGAAUCAUAUUUUGAGGAUUUAACCGAUGCUAGGACGUUGUUGGCCGCUGCUGAAAAAGCCCAACAGAGCCACUUCAGUUUCCAUGAGAACAUCGCGGCGGCGGCGGAGAGCGGCGUGGACUUCUCCACACGCUGGCUGGACACCCCGGAUGCCGAAUUCCUCACCAUCCGCACGCAGACCAUCAUCCCGGUGGAUCUCAAUGCCUUCCUCUACGCCCACGAGAAAAUUCUCAGCGCACUCUACCGUCACGUGGGUGACGAGGAGAAAGCGCAGCAUUUCGACAAUAUGGCGCUGAACCGCGGCGAUGCCAUCCACGCGGUGUUCUGGAACGCCGGCGCCGGUGUCUGGUAUGAUUUCGACCUGAAGCUGCACCGGCAGCGGGAGACCUUCUAUCUGGCCAAUCUGGCGCCGCUGUACACACGCUGCAACGGCCACAAUGUCACCGUCACGGACAGCCAGUUCAUGCAGCAGGUCCUGCAGGCGGCCGAUGUGCAAAAAGUGAUCGGAUAUCCCGGUGGAUUUCCCUGCUCCUUCUCCAAGAGCUCGGAUCGGCAUACGCAAUGGGACUUCCCCAAUGCUUGGCCGCCGCUGCAGACCAUGCUGAUUGAAGGUUUUCUGCACAAUCCGGAUUUCCGUGAGAUGGCGGUGGACUGGGCGCAAAAGUGGGUGUCAGCCGUCUUUACCGGUUUCAGCGCGACAUCGCAUUUAUACGAAAAGUAUGACGCCAACACUGCUGGGGCGUACGGGAGCGGCGGGGAGUACCUGGUGCAGGAGGGUUUCGGCUGGACCAACGGGACCGUCCUGCGUCUCCUGGAGCUCUUCCCCGGCGACCUCUCCGCCCCCGACGUGUCGGAAGUGCCCGUGCUGGUGGACAGCCGACGGAAGAGCGUCGUGGCGCUGGUGCGGUCGCCCUCGGGAUCCGGCGGGAUGGGCGAGGUGGAGGUGGCCGGGAAUCUGGAGGUGGCGCCGCUGUCGGAGGUGGCCACGCUGACGGACCUCGUGUCGCCCAUCAGCACGCCCGUCAGCACGGAGACCCGGCUGGAUACGCUGGCCGCGGAGGAAGAUGGAGCGAAAACAGAGACGGUGGUGGAUGGACCUGUGUAAUGUGAAGGGAGUGGCGAUGUUGACCUUUCUGACCGAUUGAACUGUGGUGAAGCAGAGAGCUUGAUGUACGGGCUAUAUAUUGUGUGAGUGAAUAGUGGGUGGUGGUGUAGUGGAAUUUUGACGGUUUGGCCGGUCGUUCAAUUUUGAAAUGGCGGGAAAAUACGUGUAGCUUGAUUGUCAAAGCAACGGUUGUGUUGUUUGGAGUUUAUGCUUAGCUUUUGGUUAUGCUGAUUGAUAUUAUCCGCCGGAUUUUGCUAAUUUGUCAACGCGGUCGUUUUUGAAAGAUAAAUGUAUUAUCUGGAUAGCGUCGUUGCUGUUUGUGGUUUUAU